CAGUCCUCUGCCAGCGACGACGCACAAUCGCACAGUCCCCUGGCGACUGGCGCUCAUCCAGGCGACUGGCAGUUCGCUCCGGGGGAGGGCGCCGUCUGGGGACGCCCCUAGCGGACUUCUCGGCGCUCUCCUCCUAUCCCGGGACCCGCCCCUCGCUGGGGAGCUGCGCGGCUGCGCUGGGUCCCCUUUGCAGCGGCAGGUGCCUGAGCCCAGCGAGCAGUCCUGCCAGGGCCAUUCCCUCAACCGCGUCCUGAUCCGCAGGUGUCUUCUGUAUCUGUCUUUCCUGGCCUGCUGAGUUCUGUCAGCCUCUGCUCCUCGAAUGGAAACAUCAUCCUGAGUCAACUUUGACCACUUUGAAAUUUUGCGAGCCAUUGGGAAGGGCAGUUUUGGGAAGGUCUGCAUUGUGCAGAAGAAUGAUACCAAGAAGAUGUACGCCAUGAAGUACAUGAAUAAACAGAAGUGUGUGGAGCGGAAUGAAGUGAGGAAUGUCUUCAAAGAACUCCAGAUCAUGCAGGGCCUAGAACACCCUUUCCUGGUGAAUCUGUGGUAUUCCUUCCAAGAUGAAGAAGACAUGUUCAUGGUGGUGGACCUGCUACUUGGUGGGGACCUGCGUUAUCACCUGCAGCAGAAUGUCCACUUCCAGGAGGACACAGUGAAGCUCUUCAUCUGUGAGCUGGCCAUGGCCCUGGACUAUCUGCAGAGCCAGCGCAUCAUUCACAGGGAUAUGAAACCAGACAAUAUUUUACUUGAUGAACAUGGGCAUGUGCACAUCACAGACUUCAACAUUGCUGCCAUGCUGCCCAAGGAGACUAGGAUCACCACCGUAGCUGGCACCAAGCCCUACAUGGCACCCGAGAUGUUCAGCUCUAGGAAGGAAUCGGGUUACUCCUUCGCUGUUGACUGGUGGUCCCUCGGGGUGACGGCUUAUGAACUGCUGAGAGGCCGGAGGCCAUAUCACAUCCGCUCCAGUACUUCCAGCAAGGAAAUUGUCAACAUGUUUGAGACAGCAAUUGUAACUUACCCUUCUGCCUGGUCAGCAGAGAUGGUAUCCCUUCUUAAAAAGCUGCUUGAACCUAAUCCAGAUCAACGCUUUUCUCACUUGACUGACAUUCAGAAUUUCCCUUAUAUGAGUGACAUGAACUGGGAUGCAGUCCUGCAGAAGAGGCUCAUUCCAGGCUUCGUUCCAACUAAAGGUAGGCUUAAUUGUGACCCUACUUUUGAACUGGAAGAAAUGAUUUUGGAGUCCAAACCUCUUCACAAGAAAAAGAAGCGCCUGGCUAAAAAGGAGAAGGAAAUGAAGAAAUGUGACUCCCCUCAGAUGUGCCUUCUUCAAGAGCAUCUUGACGCUGUUCAGAAGGAAUUUAUAAUUUUCAACAGAGAAAAAGUAAAAAGAGACUUUAAUCAAAGACAAGCAAAUAUAGCCUUGGAGCAAACCAAAAACAACACAGAAGAGGAGGAUGGCCAGAAUAACAACCUAUAAAAUGCUUCUGAGUCUUUGGGGGACAGUGCUUGGCACCUGGCGGAAAACUCCUGAUUACCACUCACCGAAAUGCUGACAGUGGUCCCUGCCACUCCACACCUCACGACUUAGAGAAUGUGAAUGAAUCGUGGCUUUGCAGCAACAGGAGGGGAAGAGCGCCCUGGUUCUGAGCUCCUCAGUUCCACAGCCGGAACUCUGUGACCUUAAGUGAAUCAUUUAACUGCUUCUUCUGUUUUAGUUCACCGCUCGACAGGUAGCUGGUUAUUUCAGAAGAGCUUUGCUCUAUUAAUGCUACUAUAGCUCUAAACAACCUUUAUUCUUAUUUUUAAAUGAACAUUCGAAUGUAGAUUUAUUUUUUAUUCUUUUUGAUGACACUGUGAAAUACGCACACUGUACACAGUGAGCCUCUUUAGGGCUGGACAAUAUCACAUGGGCCAGAAUUCCAAAGCUUGAUUGGCUAGGAAUAGAGGUGUUCCACCAGGAAUAUAUACAUAGGUCAGCUUAGAAGUAGCAGACUCAUAGGACCUUGCAGUGGGGAACUGCAUUGGCAUGGCAUCUGUUUGCUUGUACCUACUGUGCACAUGGCCCUUUCCUUUUGCCUGUGAGGUGGCCUUGAUAAGUUGAACUUGGUUCUAAUUAGAGCAGUCACAUGCAGAAGUUUAGCAGAUGCUGGGAGUUGGGUCACAUGUUUUUUUCAGCAUGGCAGUUGAAAAAAAUAUUUAUAUCAGACACUGGUAUGUUUGUUCUUUGAAGGUUAAUUUUCCUCUAGAUUAGCAGAGACCUGCCUCUGCAGAGGAUCGGAGAGUACAGCUGAACUGAAGGCAGGGUUACUUGGAAUUGUUCAGUGAAGUUACACCUUACAGGAGAGUUUUGCAUGUUAAAUUUGGAAGCUGGUAAACCUUCCCUUGAGAAACGCCUAACUCUCCAAAGUGUAAGGGGGAAAAAAAAUCAGUUGCUUUUUUGCCAAGAAACAUACCACAUUUUUGUAUUGUUUGGCCCUUUAUUUUUCAUAUUGAUUGACUAAAAUAUGGAACAAUUUA